AUGGUUGGAGAGGAAGAUAUUUUGUUUGAUGAUCCAACUGGUGUUGUACAGAUGGUCACAGAUGCUUUUCGUGAAAAUCAGACCAUUGUCGAAGAACCAAACUCAGAAGCGAGAAAGUUUUUUGAUAUGCUAGAUGCAGCGAAAAACCCGAUUUAUGAUGCUUGUGGAAAGGGUCAUUCUCGUUUAUCCGCAGCAACUAGGAUGGUGAACAUAAAAACAGAAUAUAACUUGUCUGAGGAUUGUGUUGAUGCAAUAGCUGAUUUCAUGAAGGAGUAUUUGCCACAGCCUAAUUGUUCACCCGGUUCUUACUACGAAAUACAGAAAAUGGUGUCAGCACUUGGGCUACCAUUCCAAAUGAUAGAUGUGUGUAUUGAUAACUGCAUGAUAUUUUGGAGAGAAGAUGCAAAUCUGGAUGCAUGUAAAUUUUGCCGGAAGCCACGAUUUCAGGUUACUAGUGGGAGAAGUAGACAUGCGUACAAAUGUAUGUGGUAUUUGCCAAUAACAGACAGGUUGAAGAGGCUAUACCAUUCUGAGCGAACCGCAGGUCCUAUGAGGUGGCAUGCGGAGCAUUCCUUUGACGGCAAAAUCUCUCAUCCUUCUGAUGCCAAAGCAUGGAGACAUUUUCAAUCAUUAUAUCCUACAUUUGCAAGUGACCAUAGGAACGUAUACUUGGGAUUGUGUACAUAUGGAUUCAAUCCUUUUGGUAAGGCUGGACGCCAGUACUCACUUUGGCCAGUAAUCAUCACACCCUACAACCUUCCCCCAGCUCUAUGCAUGAAACGAGAGUUUUUGUUCUUAACAGUUCUUGUUCCUGGACCAGAACAUCCUAAGCGAUCACUUGAUGUGUUUUUACAGCCAUUGAUUCAUGAGUUACAAGCUUUGUGGUACCAGGGUGUAGAAGCUUAUGAUGUUUCUCUAAAGAACAAUUUUCUAAUGCGUGCUGUUUUGAUGUGGACGAUUAGUGAUUUUCCAGCGUAUGGAAUGUUAUCCGGGUGGACCACCCAUGGAAGGCUUUCAUGUCCGUAUUGUCAAGAUAACACCGAUGCAAUUCAGCUUAAACAUGGAAGAAAAUCUUUUUGGUUUGAUUGUCACCGACGGUUCUUGCCAAUGAAUCAUGAAUAUCGAGAAAAGACAACGAUGUUUACAAGAAACAAAGUUGUACAUGAAACACCACCUCCAGAGAUAUCAGGAGAAAAUAUACUUAAGCAGUUGAGAGAUUUUGCUGCAGAUAAAACUGUGGAAGUAGGCGGCAAUGGACAUGAGCGUACUGAUGGGUAUGGUAUAAACCAUAACUGGCAUAAAAAGAGUAUUUUUUGGGAACUACCGUAUUGGAAAGAUCACCUGCUUAGGCAUAAUCUGGAUGUCAUGCAUAUAGAGAAGAAUUUCUUUGAUAAUAUCAUGAAUACAAUACUGAAUGUGCAAGGAAAGACCAAGGACAAUUUGAAAUCAAGAUUAGAUCUCCCUGUUAUAUGUGCACGUGAUGAGCAAUGGGAAAGGCCCAACUCCUAUCUUCAGAUUAAAUGCAAAUGCGAAGGAUGUAUUCUUCCAAUGGAUAACCCAUAG